GAUAUUCACGCUCCGUUUAGUAGAUAGAAUUUAAACUAUUUGCCCUAUUACUAAACAAUUUUCCGCAAGGACGAAUCGGCAGUGUUAAAUAAAAUCUUCAAUCUAAUCAUUUUCAAAAUCUUUUGAAUACAAUACGUACAUCUGAAGAUAAAACGAAAUCAAUUAUUACCAAAACGGAAGUAACAUUUCUAUAGACAAUGACAUUGAUAUCUUGAUGAAUAGUGGCUCAUCCCAAGACUUCUACUAAUCUGCAUUUUGCCGAUAUUUAAGCAAUGUAUUACAGCAGAGUUCACACAGUUCGUGACAAAGAGUGAAUGCAGUAUAUCUUUAAAAUGAAGAAGUGGGUUUUGUAUUUUUAUUCUGUGGUGCUAGCAUCAACUUUAACAGAAGCUAUCAACGAUGAAGAUAAUGGCCAAUAUCAUCCAGAUGAUGAAGGAAGAUAUGUCCCAGAUGAUUCUGGCAAAUAUGUACCUGAUUAUAGUGGUGCAUACCAUGAUGAUGGUACUGGUCGGUACUCAGGAGACGAUAGUGGAAAAUAUGCACACUUAGAAGAUAAAUAUCGUCAUCAAAGGGAUAAACAAUUUCCUUAUAACCCACAAAACAAUUUUAAAUCACAACAAAUAAUAAGGUCACAGAAACUACUUAGUGAUAAAUCAUUACAAGGGAAUUUUCCUUCUGCAAGUACAGCAAAAACUCAAUAUGUUCAACCAAAACCUAAUUUCAUAAAUACAUCUCCCGUUAAAUUUGGAACAUAUGAUGAUAACCGCUGGAAAAUUAUCAAGUUGGCCAAUAACGUUAAAGAUGAUGGAUUCCAUUGGGAGUAUGAGACGGAAAAUGAAAUAAAAGGAGAAGAAAAUGCCCAAAUUUACAAUAGUGGACGAGAAAAUGAAGCUAUUAGAACAAAAGGAUUUUACCAAUAUACAGGUGCUGACAAUAGAGUUUAUAACGUAGAAUACACUGCUGAUGAAAACGGAUUUAUUCCAAAAGGAGAUCAUCUUCAUCCUGUCUUACAAAAGGCGAUUCUAGAAACAUUAAAUAGAGAUUUAAAAGAAUAAUUUUCUUAUGUUUUUUAAAUUAAUAUUUUAGUAAUUUAUUUCUAAUUUUAAGAUCAAUUUAAACUGAAAUCACAAAUAAUUUUUAUAAUAUGAUUAAAUUAGUAUGAGAGAA